AUGGGCCAAUUGUCAGCGGCACUUAAUCAAAGGAAGGCCGGUACGUUACCUAGUGACACAGUCCAAAAUCUUAAGAAGGAUGGAUCGUGCAUGGCAAUUACCACUAAAAGUGGUAAGGUGUUGGAGAGCCAAUCUGUGGGUAAGCCAGUAGUUGAUGUGAUAGUAGAAAAUACGAAUGAAGUUGAUAAUUCUAUGGAAUCUGUAGGAUCAGAUAGGGUUAUUCCAGAUACUGUACCUGAUUAUCAGCAGAUAGUUAUAUUUGAACAAAAGAAGGACAAGGAAAAGGAAGUUGUGUUUAAAACUUUGCCAAAACCACCACCUCCCUUCCCUCAAAGACUGAAAAAGAAGACUGACGACAUGAAGUUCAUUCGAUUCAUGUCUAUGUUAAAGCAGCUGACUAUAAAUUGCAUUGCUACAAGGUCAUUAAUUCAGAAGAAGGCAGAUCCGGGAGCCUUUACUAUUCCUUGUACGGUGGGGUCUUUGGAUUUUGCCAAGGCCUUAUGUGAUCUCGGAGAUGGCAUUAAUUUGAUACCGCUAUCCCAUUUAUAA